AUGGAUGGCUUGAAAGCAGAAUUCCAGAAGCCGGACUCUUCGAAAGAACAGAAAUCAGAAUUUCUUGUUGAAAUUUCGGAGACCCUCACAUAUAGACAUGAGCAGAGCGCCAAAAACUCACCAUUGACCAGACCAUGGCCGGAAUUUGUUGUCAAAUCACCAACGUUCGCAUCGAAAACUCUAGAGCGAUCUCUUCCUGACAACAUGGCAGCCAUUGGGUUGAGGCACUGGGAUGUUGACUUGGGACAACAAGAAGUGGCAGACAACAAGAGAUUUGAAAGAGAGCAAAUGCGCAAUUGGCUCCCAAGCAAGAUAAAAGAUCCCGCUGCCAAAUCAAAGGCGACCCAGGGUCAACAGGAGGUUACCUCUUCGGCUGCCUCUUUGGAGUUUUCGACCGAGAACACUACAGAAACUUCUACGAAAGAGAAGAUGGUAGAGACCUUGCCUGAAAAGGCAGCAGAAGAGAAGACGGAGACUUCGAUAGGGAAGCCAGCCGAUGAUAUUCGGAAAACUCAACCGAGAGCCCAAAAUGACGAACAAUAA